GAAAACGGGCCACGAUCGGUUUCCGGUUCCAUCAACGUGUUUGUUGAUUUGUUCAGCUUCACUAUUCCCAACUUGCAUCUAGAUAUUAUUACUACAGAGGAAAAUAAGUGAAAAAAAAACACCAAAAUGAUUGUUCUUGUUUUGGCAGCCUUGUGUGCUGGUGCAACAGCCUUCUACUCCAGUGGAGAUGGAGUUGUAGAUCUUACCCCAUCAAAUUUUGACAGAGAAGUUGUUGGCAGUGAUGCUUUGUGGAUUGUUGAGUUCUAUGCUCCAUGGUGUGGACAUUGUCAAUCUUUAACACCUGAAUGGAAAAAAGCAGCCAAAGCACUCCAGGGUGUUGUUAAAGUAGGAGCCGUGAAUGCAGAUGACCAUAGAGAUCUUGGAGGAAGAUUUAGUGUUCAGGGCUUUCCUACCAUUAAAAUAUUUGGACUUAACAAAAAUAAGCCUGAAGAUUAUCAAGGAGGUAGGACUGCUGAUGCUAUUAUAAACACUGCCUUAAGCAAAGUACAAUCAAUGGUGAGAGACAGAAUGCAGGGCAAGAGUGGAAGUGGUGGUGGGGGCAGUGGCGGUGGAUCUCAGAAACCUGACCCAGGUGCAGUGAUUGAAUUAACAGACAGUAACUUUGAAGACUUGGUUAUUAAUGGUGAUGACAUGUGGCUUGUUGAAUUCUUUGCUCCAUGGUGUGGCCACUGUAAAAAUUUGGCUCCACAUUGGACACAGGCUGCCACACAACUUAAAGGGAAGAUUAAAAUGGGAACUCUUGAUGCCACAGUCCACACAGUCAUGGCUAACAGAUAUGGGGUUAGAGGUUAUCCAACAAUUAAGAUGUUUCCAGCUGGUAAAAAGUCUGAGAGUGAUGCACAGGAGUAUGAUGGAGGAAGAACAGCUUCAGAUAUUGUAGCCUGGGUUAAUGACAGAUAUACUGCUAACCUACCAGCACCAGAAAUAUAUGAGAUUACAACUCAAGACGUAUUUGACAAGAAUUGUCAAGAGAGCCAGCUUUGUGUUGUAGCAGUUCUCCCUCACAUUUUAGACUGUCAGUCAGCCUGUAGAAACAAAUACAUAGCAACAUUGAAAACUAUGGGAGAAAAAUAUAAAAAGCAACAGUGGGGAUGGCUGUGGACUGAAGCUGCUGCACAACCCAAUUUAGAAAAGACUUUAGGUAUUGGUGGAUUUGGUUAUCCUGCAAUGGCAGCUGUUAAUUCAAGGAAGAAAUUGUAUGUUUUAUUAAAAGGACCAUUUACAGAAACUGGUAUUAAUGAAUAUUUAAGGAGUUUAUCAUAUGGUAAAGGAUCAACAGAACCAUUAAAAGAUUUACCAAAAGUAGAUAAAACAGAGCCUUGGGAUGGCAAAGAUGGACAGUUACCAGUAGAAGAUGAUAUAGACUUGUCUGAUGUAGAAUUGGACGAUUUGAAGGAUGAAUUGUAAUACAACGAACUGUAGACAGAGUUAAUGUUAGUUUGCUCAUUAUGUUAUGGAGGAGUUGAUCAUCAAACCAUGUCAAAAUUACUUUGUAAUACUUAACAAAUCAGUGGUUAUUUAAUUUUAUUGGAGAUAUCUUAGUGGAAGCCAUGACUAUAUUUUUAGUUGCUAUUUGAAAAAUAUUAAAGGAUGUGUCAUCCAAUUUAAUUAAAAGCUACUGAUUUUCAAAAAAGAUUUGCUACAUUUUUUAUACUGGAUUCUUUUACUCUUUGAUUUGUUUGUAUAUUUUUUUUCAACCUCAAGCAAUUUAAGAUUUUUGUUAGAAUAAGGUCAGUGUGACCUAGUUUUAAAGUCCAGUGUCUGUUUAUUAGAUUUGAUUUUACAACCAAGGGUGAAAAAGUUGAAAUUUUGCACUAAAAGUGUAUUUUGAAUUUAUAUUUUAGGGUACGAUGAAAUAAUGUACUAAUGAGAAAAAGGAUUUGGCUUUUGUUAUUUCAUGAAAUUGAUUUUACUCAUUGUUGAAGGCUUUCUGAUGACCUGUAGUGGUUAACAUCCUUGUUGUUGAUAUUUGUCUCCUUGACAAACACACAUUCCACCUUAUAGCUAUAAUGGACACAUUUAAUGUAAAUUGAUACAAAAAAAUCAAAUUGUUUGUUGUCCCACGUCCUGGAAGAUCAUGGAAUUUUGAUAAAUGAAUAUUAUUAAAUAUUUCUUUGAAGUAAUUUUAUUGUUAGCAAUCUUGUAAAAUGACUUAUGUAACAAGGCAAGAAUGGAACAAAAGAAGGUAUCAUUCAGGCAGACUUCAUUGGCUGUUAAAAGUUAUAUAGUUGACCAAUCAAGAAAAUUUGAAACUCAGUCAUCCUCCAUUUUUUGUCAUGAAAUCCUGUUAUGCAAGGUCAUAAUUGUGUUUAAAAGGAAUACAUGAUGUUUUAAUUGUUCAUUGAUAUGUGUUUUGUUUUCUUAUGUUGUACAUGCAAUCCAAUUUUGUACCAAAAGAAAAUGGGAUAUGAACAUUUUACAAUAACAAACAUCUUAGAAAGCAAAAAUCUUUCAGUUCUAAGCUGUUGUCUUCUAUGAAAAUUAAGCACAAUUGGAUUUUGUAUAUUCUAAGCUAUUGUCUUCUGUGAAAAUGAGGACAACUGUAAGGCCAUGAAAUUAAUUUUUAGGUUAAAGUCUUCAUUAUUUUAUUUGAGAAAAGACAGUGAAUGGUUGAUACCAUCUUUAUCCUCUAUUAAAAAAACUUAAUCCUAAAAAAGAAAUAUUGUGGAUUCAUAAAUUGUCAUGGAAGCCAAUUUUCUUGAAAUGAAGAAAAAAGGUAUUCUCAUGGUUCUAAAAAAUUAAAAGAAAUAAAAAAAAAUCUAGAUCCUCAUGUUUAUGUAUUGAAAUGCUGCAUUUGGAUACCCAGCACUGAUCUUGUUGAAGACUAGAAACUCAAGAAUUAGUUUUAUUUGGUCUGAAUUAUAUGAUGAUCAUGUGGUAAAUGUAUGUGAAUGAUUAUAGCACUUGUUAUGGUGGAUGUAUGUGUGAAUGAUUUAAAGAUAUUAAAUGUUGAUAAUGAAAUAUAUGUUAUGAUUGUAUGAAUAAAUAAAUUAUUUUUUAAAACAA